UGGACUUCAGUUGUCAUUGAAUAGUGAAGUGAUUGACAGACAGACUGUUGACGAGUAUAUCAGGAAAAGGCAUUCAUUUAGUGAACACUUCAGCACUUGUUUACCAUUCAAUUGUCUCUUCACUUGCGUUGACUCAGUGGUGAUCGCGAUGUUAAACACGGGAGUAUUUGCCGGCAAAACAGUGUUCAUAUCUGGAGGAAGUCGUGGUAUCGGGAAAGCCAUUGCUCUCAAAGUAGCCAAAGACGGCGCAAAU